GCGAGCGAUUCGUUUAACGGGUCUUACACGUCCUUCCAAAUAUUUUUCGUCCUCGUAACGUGUGAUCCAACCGUUCUCUCGAAUGUAUCUUAAUCCUUUGUGUAUUCGUGGAAUACGUAGGACGCGUUCGAACGCGUAUGUUAGUUCCGGUUGCCCUGUCGGUGCUCCUGGUGAGCAUCGUUGAUCAUCUUGUCUCGUGACCGGGGAUCAGAAAACGGUGAUAUUCUUUUCCCCAUCCAUCACGUGAACCACAGUGCAAAGUUAAAGGAAGUGGUGCGGUGGUGGAGACCGUUUGCGAGACGCAUCCUGUGGGAAGCGGUUUCCUCUGGAGGCGCUCAGAAAGCAAUCAAGAUCCAUCGCAGCCCGGAAAUGCCAGAAAGUCAAGUUUUCCACCGAGGGAAAUCAUGACAGGAACAUACCGGAGAUCGGUGAGUACAGAAAGCGCGUACGAAGAUGAGGAGCAAGCAGCCAGGGGCGCGAGAUCCCCUGGUGAAAGCGGUGCCGGCGAAGAAAUUGGCGCUCCAGACGAGGAUUGUGCAAACUCUCUGUUGAGGAUGGGUACGAACGUGGCGAGGGCUUGGAAUCUAAGCCCCGCCGGCGGUUUCCUACGGGGUACGGGGCAACGUGUCAGCUUCGACCCCGAGGCACCGCCGCCGCCCUCCCAAACAUUGCACCAACCCCCGAGGAAGAUCGACGAAAAGGUGAAGAGGCACAGUAUCCACGGUAUGAUAGAGGAAGAGAAUGUGGUGAGACCGCAUCAGGAAAUGGCCAGCCUGUCCAUCAAAGAGAAGAAAUACCUUCUCGCAGUGGAGCGUGGAGACGUUGCCUCUGUCAGAAGGAUGUUGCAAGGGUCUCGCGAAACCGAGAUGAACAUCAACUGCGUGGACCCUUUGGGACGGUCGGCUCUUUUGAUGGCGAUCGAUAACGAAAACCUGGAAAUGGUGGAGCUUCUGAUCGAGCACAAAGUCGACACGAAGGAUGCCCUUCUCCAUGCCAUCUCCGAGGAAUUCGUCGAGGCGGUGGAGGUCCUCCUGGAGCACGAGGAAAGUCUUCAUCGAAACGGAGAGCCUCACAGUUGGGAAGCCCUGCCAUCGGAUACAGCCACUUUCACCCCAGACAUCACACCCCUAAUCCUGUCCGCCCACAGGGAUAAUUACGAGAUCAUUAAGAUUCUUCUGGAUCGCGGAUCAACGUUGCCUAUGCCCCACGAUGUUCGUUGCGGGUGCGACGAAUGCGUCACGUCCAGGAGGGAGGACUCCCUGAGGCAUUCCAGGAGCAGGAUAAACGCGUACAGGGCUCUAGCUUCACCGUCCUUGAUAGCUCUAUCCUCGAAGGAUCCCAUUUUGACUGCAUUCGAACUCUCCUGGGAACUUCGAAGGCUUUCGUUUCUCGAGCACGAGUUUAAGUGCGAAUAUCAGGAGCUUAGAAGACAGUGCCAGGACUUUGCCACUGCCUUGUUAGAUCACACGAGAAGUUCCUACGAGCUGGAAGUACUUUUGAAUCACGAUCCCACGGGACCUGCCUUCGAACAUGGCGAGAGGAUGCACCUGAAUCGGCUAAAGUUGGCUAUUAAACUUCGACAGAAAAAGAUUACCCCACGGAAUUUCCAGUUCGUGGCUCAUCCUAACGUACAGCAGCUACUGGCAUCGAUUUGGUACGAGGGUCUUCCAGGCUUCCGGCGGAAAAACAUGGUCCUACAAGCGUUGGAAAUCGUACGGAUCGGUGUGCUUUUUCCAUUCUUCAGCGUCGGUUACAUCAUCGCGCCGCAUAGCGUCGUUGGACAAACCAUGAGAAAACCAUUCAUCAAGUUCAUCUGUCACUCGGCAUCGUACUUUACCUUUCUCUUCAUGUUGAUUCUGGCUAGUCAAAGGAUAGAAAGCGUGAUUGGCAAUUGGAUGGGUCACGAUGUGGUGGAACACGAACCGGCACCGACCAAGAGGGGCGCUGCACCCACCAUCGUCGAGUGGUUCAUCUUGGCCUGGGUGUCAGGCUUGAUUUGGUCGGAAGUUAAGCAGCUUUGGGACGUUGGCCUGGAGGAGUACGUGAACGACAUGUGGAAUGUGAUCGACUUCGUUACAAACUCUUUAUACGUGGCCACCGUCGCUUUAAGGGUGGUCGCCUAUUAUAGGGUGCAAAAAGAGAUAGAGAGCCAAAAACCAGGUUCCGUGAUUGAAUUGCAGCGCGAACAAUGGGACACUUGGGACCCGAUGCUCAUAUCCGAAGGCCUUUUCUCUGCCGCCAACAUAUUCAGCUCUUUGAAACUUGUCUACAUUUUCUCCGUGAAUCCACACCUCGGCCCUCUGCAAGUCUCCCUCUCCAGGAUGGUCAUGGACAUUAUGAAAUUCUUCUUCCUCUACGUGUUGGUGCUAUUCGCAUUCUCCUGUGGUCUGAACCAAUUGCUUUGGUACUACGCUGACAUGGAGAAGAAACGUUGUCCCAGCGCGAUGUCUUAUUCCCCUAACGCAAGUGUUACGACCGACUCGAAUGCCUGCAUCGUUUGGCGUCGGUUCGCAAAUCUGUUCGAAACCGCUCAAACGUUGUUCUGGGCCGUGUUCGGAUUGGUUGACCUAGAGAGUUUCGAGCUGGAUGGUAUAAAAGCGUUCACCAGGUUCUGGGGGAUGCUGAUGUUCGGAACGUACUCGGUGAUCAACAUUGUGGUGCUAUUAAAUCUAUUAAUUGCCAUGAUGAAUCAUUCCUAUCAAUUAAUCUCCGAACGUGCGGACAUCGAGUGGAAAUUCGCCAGGAGCAAGCUUUGGAUCAGUUAUUUCGAGGAAGGCGGAACUGUUCCACCCCCGUUCAACAUUAUCCCCACCCCGAAGAGCGUAUGGUACAUUGGCCAGUGGUUGUACCGGAAGCUGUGCGGUCACAGCAGAGCUGCUAAGAAGGAACACAUGCGAACGAUCAGAAGAAAGGUUAAGCAGGCUUCAGAGAGGGACUUCCGGUACCAGAGCAUCAUGAGAAAUCUGGUGCGAAGGUACGUGACGGUGGAACAAAGAAAAGCUGAGAGCGAGGGUGUCACCGAGGACGAUGUGAACGAGAUCAAGCAAGACAUCAGCGCUUUCCGGUGCGAGUUGAUCGAAAUCUUGAAGAACUCUGGCAUGAAUACCUCGACGACCAGCGGUGCAGGAACCGAAGGUUCCCUUAAAGAGCUGUCCAUAGGUGCGGGGGGUAAGAAGAACCGUCAGAAGGAGCGGCGAUUAAUGAAAGGGUUCAAUAUCGCCCCUCAACCGGGCGGAAGUGGCACUCUACCACCGGUUGACGAAUUUACAGCGUCGUUUGAACAAGUGCAACACGAGAACUCUCACGAACACUUUGGUUCUACUUUGAGCGGUAUAUUCGGUCCUGGCGCUACACCCAAGAAAAGUCCGCAUCACAUUAGUACCAAUAGCGUACCUGGACUUGGAUCGGGUAGACAAAAUCGAAGGAUUAGAUGUAGUUCGAAGAAGAAGAGAUGGGAGAACCUUAUCGAAGCGGCCAAGGUUCGUGGCAGGGUCUCCAGGUUAAUCGGUAGAUCUCGUUCAGAAGAUUCCGUCUACUCACCCGCGUCCGAAGAUGGUGGUUCGAGAUCGGAAGGAUCCACGGAUUCUAAGUCCUCCUUGGAGACUCCCACUCAGGAAGUCCAGACACAUCAUUCGCAUCACUCGCAUCAUUCGCAUCAUCACGAAGGACAUCACAUGUUCGCUCAUGGUCUAGGCGCGUUAGCGGCACUGCGGAAAAAACGCAAAACCUUCUCGGACUCGAGAUCGUCGACACCAGGCACGAGGAGCAGCAGUGGGACGAAUCCGAUUCAUCCGAUCGCCUCGGUUCUUGUCUCGAAAGUGUCGAAGAAGCAACAUUUGCAGAGAGCUAGCAGUGUUCCGGCCCGGGGACCGGAAGUGAGCCAGCAACCGAUUCCACCGAGACGACACGAGGUUACGCAGAGUCAGCAACCUAGCAUCGAUACACCUGAAGGUGCCAGUGUUAGCGAGCAACCUGUCGUUCCUGCCGCUCCUUUGACGCCGUCGACGACCGAGGAAAGCGUGAUAGCCAGCAGUUCUCUGCCCGCAACCAUGAAGAGAAACGGUUCAGCUACGCAACUGCAACGACUUCCGGGCAUCGAGCCGAUAUCCGGCCACGAUGUAUCCGGGGGAUGGCUCUGAGAGGAUCCAUCAGUCGCCAUGUCGCGACCUGUCAGUUAACAAAUGGAAGAAACUCGAUCGUCCACGAGUUUCGUUCCAAUCAGCCGCGCUUGCAAAGAGGCUGGGACGACGAUAUCGAUCGAAAUGGGAUCACGAUUGAUCGCGUCGUCGUCGGCACACGCACAAUGAUGCCUUCUCGCGACGACACCGAGACAAAGAAACUAUAUAUAGUAUAUAUAUCUAUAUAUAUAUAUAUUGUUUUUAACAAGCGACGUCGCCCCGUUUAAUCACGAACAAUGCUCGUCGACCCAUCCUGGCCCUGUUCCUUUCAUCAACCAGAGAAAAAGAGAGAGGAGAGUGUAAAUUUUCUAACGCGCUAAUAUUUCUUACUUCCGGCGAGAUUAACGAUCGAAGGCUCGAUGAAAAGGGCAAAAAUGAUUUCUUUCAGCCCGAUAGGUCUCCAGUUUAUUUCCUGCUACCAGUGGACUCUAUUUUCCCUGGAUCCUUACAACAUCGUAUCGUGUUCCUGAUCCGCAGUUUUCUCACGAACCGUCCGAAGUUAAUCUCGUCGCGACGCGUCGUCCAUAAGCGAAGUUUACUCGUCGUCGAGGAUUUUUUACCGCGUGUAGAACGAUUGUAGCGGAUAUAAAAGUGUUUCCCGAAUCGAUCGCGUAACUCGAAAGUGGGCCGGUUUCCAUCGUUCGAAAACAGUGUUCGCGGAAACGAUUUGGAUCCGUUACGUGUAAUCUCAGUAACCCAUUACUAACUACUUAUUUACUACUACUGCUCUACUACUGCCAGAACGGAAGAGGGCAAGUGGGUCGACGAUAACUAGCCUAGUCAACACUAGUCGGACGAACCCGUGCUAAAGAAGAGGACACGAUGAUUUAAUUGUGUUGUCGCGUUAACCUGUAAGAGACAAUUUAAUUGUAUUAUCGGUGAAACAAGGAGGAGAAUCGUUAUCGUCGUUCGUUUCAGUGUACUGGCGACCACGUCGAAUUUAUCCUAACCCGCUUCAGGAAGCUGGUCUACUUGAAGAUCGGAACUUACAAUUAGUCGUUUUCCUAUUUAAUCCACAGCUCGUUGUUAUUUCCUUUUUUCUCUCUCUCUAUGUUACUUAUAUUCGAAACUAUUUCUGCGAAUUUGUUUCAAUGUUCAACGAACUCUAGUCAUUAAUCUAGUCGAACGAUUUUUAUUUCUUUUCUGGCGUUAGUGAGAAAGGUGAAUUUUCCUCUAGUCCCGCGUAUUUUAAGUUUCUUUUCAUUUUUAGUCAUUCACGAAACAGGGAGAAACGAGAUAAAUGUGUCACGACCAAAAAGGAACGAGCCGUAGCGUAGUCGUGUAGAGGCCUAAAAAAAAAAAAAAGAGAUUAAGAUCCGUACUACUUCCUAGAUAUUACGUGUACGUAUGAUAAUAACUAUUAUUAAUGUUAUACGCGCCGUCAGGAGCGCGAAACAAAGCGCCGAGAAGGAGGUGUGCGAGCGAGGAAAGGAUUUUCAACUUCAUCAUCAUCUCUCAACAACAACGACCACUUCCUUUUCCGCUUCUCCUCGUUGUAAUCGCCUACCUGACACACACCGUGCGCAUAGUAAUCGUACCGCCUACGUGUAUUAUUUACGAGAUUAUUAAUUGUAAAUGUAAAGUUUAGAUGUCCACUUGGCAACCAAGAAAAAAAAAAAGAAGUCGUAGUGAAUGUUAUAUUGUGAGAGAGGUUACAUAUACAUAAUACUGUUGUAAGAAGAGAAAGAAACUAUCAACGACAACCAAAAGAGAGAAGGGAGCGCGUAAACGCGAAGCGGAACCAAACAUAAGAACAAUUUUAUUAACGAAAAUUAAAUUGAAACAAUAGACGACCUUGAUUACGAGUAAUAGUCGUACGAAGUUUAGCGAAGUUUUUUAAUGAUCGAAUUUCAAAUAUCGUUUACGACAGCGCAGCAUCAAUCACACGAGAGUUUCCGGAUAUUUUAUAGCGAACGAGGUCUAUCGGGGACUGGAACAAAGAGUGUGAGCUGGUAUAGAGGAUCUCGAGAUUCAGUAUUUUUCAGCUAGUAUUAUUGUUUAACGACUCGUGAAUUCGUUGGUGCUUCAAGCGGAAAGCUUAUCGACACUAUAGCAUGCUUGUUGAAGUUUUCAAGCGCUAUCCUGCGAUACCUUUGUAUCGUGAAAUCGUAUCAGACUUUUCACGUCUUGAAAUGGGCGAACAAUCUAAAUCAAAAAGACAUUCGUGUUUGUUAAGCUGAACCGAAAGUAUAAGUUCCCCCGUGGCCACGGAACCCGGUGAAUUAUUUGAUUUAAAAAAAUGUUCGCUUAUCAGAAACAAAGAGGAAUCAAAAUUACAACACGCAAUGACGGAUCGAUUUUAAACUGUUCGAUUUUAAUAUUCGUUUACGAUCGUAGCGUGGUCGAGUGACAAUUCGACUCGGAGUAGAAAGAUCACGAAUGACCAUCAAUAAAAUACCAUUUAUUCUGAUA